AGGCCCUGUGAUCUUUCGGAACACGAGAUGCACUUUCGACUGCUUUACUGACCAAUGGAAUCCAUAUGGGUAUACCACUUCCAGCUGCAUUUCCCGCUGAUACAGGAGACUUUGUCCGCAUCAUAAGAUUCGCUUACGGAUUACAGACACCUUGGUCACGUUCAUAUAUGCUGACGCCGUCACGAAAGUGCUAUUUGAAGUGUCUUAUUUAUCAAUAUCUGUUCAACACCAUUGCUGAGGUAUCCAGCGACACUUUCAAGCCCACAUUUUGACACAUACACGACGCAAUGCCCACAGUUACUUCUGGCAAGGUACUCGUUACCGGUGCCAAUGGAUACGUAGCCACAUGGAUCAUCAAGACUCUCUUGGAGAAGGGUUACUCUGUACGCGGUGCAGUUCGCUCUGAAGCCAAGGGAGCCCAUACCCGAAACCUAUUUGCGUCUUAUGGUGACAAGUUUGAACUAUGCGUUGUCGAGGAUAUCACCAAAGAUGGAGCGUUUGAUGACGCCGUUAAAGACGUCGAUGCUAUUGAACACGUCGCCUCUCCCGUCACGUUGAGUGCUGUCGAUCCCAAUGAAUUGAUCAAGCCUGCCGUUGAAGGCACUCGAGGAAUACUUCAGAGCGCUCUACGACACGGUACACGGGUGAAGCGGUUCGUUAUGACAUCGUCCACAUCUGCCGUGAAGGAGAUUGGGGUUCCCGGUCGUCAUGUAUACUCUGAGACGAAUUGGAACUGGAAAGCUGUUCGGGAGGUAAACGAGAAGGGUGCUUCUGCUGAUCAAAUGGAGAAGUACUGUGCAAGCAAGACCCUCGCGGAACGUUUCGCCUGGGACUUUUACGAGGAAAAGAAGGAGAGUGGGAUACCGUUUGAUAUUGUCACGGUUAUCCCGCCUUAUAUUUUCGGUCCUUGGCUCCAUGAAAUCAAGGAUCCUUCUGUCUUGAACGUGCCUAACAAUAUGUUUUAUGAUGACGUUAUCCAAGGCAAGGCCGACAACGAAACACUGGCCAACUUUGGCUAUCAGUGGGUCGACGUUCGCGACCUUGCUCUUGCACAUGUCCUUUCGCUGGAGAACGAAGAGGCAGGAGGGAAGCGACUUCUCAUUAGUGCGGGAAAUUUCAAGUUGCAAGAUCUAGUGAAUUCUGCUCGACGUUUCUCAGAUGAGAUUCCAUUGGGCAAUACUUCAUACAGGAAGGAAGCUGCGGAACAUCUGGCUACCUUGGAUACCUCUAAGACCGUAGCCAUCCUUCCCCAGCUCCAUUAUCGCGAUCUCGAGGAUACCACGCUGGCCAUCUUAGAAUGUUGCGAAAAGAAUGGAUGGUGGUCACGCUGAACUUAGGCUAGAUAGGCAGGAUACCAAUGCAACUGCAGUCGCUUCUGACCUGAUCCUGAAGGUUGAUUUUCAAUACAAAUCAUCUGUGCGC